UGGCGGCCUUCAUGUGUCAGAAACAUUUCACGAAAUUUUCUGAAAUCACUUCACUGAUUUCAUAACGCCAGAAAUUCUAACUUUCAUCGCGAGUGGCCUGUGCAUUGUGCGAUUCCACCCAGUCAAAUCACGCCGGGUGUUCAUAAACUUGUUCUGAUUGGUCAUGGUUGUGACAGAAUCGAAUCUCUUUGAAGGAAAGAUGAAGUUGAGAAUUACGGAUAUGAAAGGGGAAGAGGCUAUCGUUGAAGUAGAUCCUUCUACUCUGGUGGAAAAAGUCAAGGAAAAAUUUCUAUGGAAUUGCGCAGCAAUGACAAGUCCUGAAGCUUCUAAAUCUGUCCUUUAUUUUAAGUUGGUUCAUGUGACCAGUGGAAAUGUACUUUCAGAUAGUAGUACAUUAACACAAGAAGGAAUCAAAGAUGGAGAUUAUUUACUUCUGUUGAAGAGACGUGUUCCAUCCACUACAAGUUUGUCAGAACAAGAUUUGAAUAAAGCACCUGAUGCUGAAGAUAUCGCCAAGGCAACAGAAGGUGUGCCUGUGAAGAACACUGAUAGGAAACCGGAAAACCUUCCACCGGUAGCAGAAUUUUCGAAGGAACUCCGUAAAAUUCUAAUAACUCUGCUAGACACGACGCAUAGGUUGCUAAGUCUUAAUACUGAAGCAGUAGACUUGGUCUUACAAGCGAGUGAAAUAUUGACCCACAAAAAAGCGUCACAAGUAGAUCCAUCUGCUUUGAAGCAGCUACAAGAGAUGGGCUUCGCUGAGAACAGAGCAACUAAGGCAUUGAUAUUGAACAAAAUGAACCCUGUGGAUGCCAUGGAGUGGCUGUUGAAGCAUGACGGUGAUGCAGAUAUUGAUCAACCAAUCGUUGAAAUGCCCGAGUCAGUUGUGGAUGACAGUGAGGGAGCAACUAACCAUACGGAAGUUGAGGAAAAUUUAUUAUUGUUCAAGCGUUUCAGACAACGCAAAUUCAAGCCGAAUCAAAGGGCUUUGUUGAGACUAAAAGAGAUGGGAUUUGAAGAAAAAGAUAUCUUGGAUGCUUUAAAAGUCUGUGGAAAUAGUGAAAAGUCAGCAUGUGAUUGGUUGCUAGGUGACAAGACACCUACGGUGGAAGAUAUGCAACAAGGCAUCGAUCCAAAGAGUUCGUUAUUUCAAGCCAUUGUGAACGAUCCAGUCGUACUGCUUGGUUUGAACAAUCCAAGGACACUGUUAGGUUUCGAGCACAUGCUGGAAAACCCACACACUAGUUCUGAAUAUCUAUCAGAUUCGGUGAUUGGACCAGUGCUGAUCCAGAUAUCACGGAUAUACCAGACAGAACGACAGUUUUCGUUAUCGUGACGCUCAUCAACAUUUCUCUCGCUUCAUCACACGAGCCUGUAAGAAUACAGUUAAUAUCAGAUGUGAACAAAGUACCACAAACACUACCUACCACAAUCAGUUGUCGAUUACUCAACUUUGCUUGUGAAAAUGAUCACAGAUUUUUAGUGUUCAUUAUUGAAUCGCAUCAAUUAUAUAUUAGUGUAACUACGCCCUCUAUUGGUACAUGCCGCUCUGAUGACAGUUAUCUUUAAGUACAAUUCUAUAUUUACAAUUUUAAUUUAAUAUAAUGUAAAAAUAAUAAAUGAUUUACAGCCCCAUGUACCAGGCGGAGAGUUGAUUGCUAUCAAGCGUGAAAUCUCUAAAUCCAAUAUAGCAGUGUCUGGUAUUAUUACGAUAACCAUCAGUAAUCAAACAGUCAGCUGUUUCGUCCACAGUGAUCUAUCAUCUGCGGUGUCUGUUUUGACUUACGCUACGUCUAAAACCUGACUGGUGUGUCAAUUGUUGCGUAAAAUACAAUGCUGUGGCCCUGGAACAUGCAUGCAUAUAUCACUCUCCAGUAAAUUUGCAAAAUGCACACUGAGUUGAUUGAAAAUUAUUAACAUUUUAAGUGAUUAGUUUUAGAUUAUUUGUAUAAAAUAUGCUUUUAUUGAUUUCUCAA